GAGAUGGAGGAUUCUGCCUCCGGCUGCUCCAGGUUCCGCAUCGACUCUCUGCUCUCCCUCAGGCCGGCGGGCGCGCUCCUCUCCCGGGCAGACCCUCCGGAGCUCAGCCCGGGCAGCAGCAGCGGCUGCUCGGCGCCUCCUUCCCCGCGAAGAAAGCCGGUUCCACGGCUGGAGUCUGUGUUGCUGCCCGGUCACCUGCAGCAGUUCCAGCCGCGCACCGUCAGCUCCUCUUUCCUUAUCCGGGACAUCUUAGGGGACUGCCGGCCCUACUCUGAUCCGGAUCUGGUCGACUCUGACCCGGGACAGGUCUACCCUGACCCGGGACAGCCGGAGCUAGAAGCCGAGCCAUUCCAGUCCGGUCCGGAAGAAGACUAUCAGGACAAAAGUCACAGCAGCUUCUCUUCCGACAGUGAAUCCAGAGUGCAGAGCGGGGCCUCGGACCCUGUGAUGGAUCGUCUGAAGAAACCUCGUAAAGCUCGGACGGCGUUCAGCGACCAGCAGCUGUCGAGGCUCGAGAGGAGCUUCCAGAAACAGAAGUACCUGAGUGUCCAGGACCGCAUGGAGCUGGCUGCUGCACUGCAUCUCAGCGACACCCAGGUCAAGACCUGGUACCAGAACAGGAGAACCAAGUGGAAGCGUCAGUCAGCUGUUGGUUUGGAGCUGCUGGCUGAAGCCGGCAGGAUGUUCCUGCCCACGCAGUACCUGUACCCUCCUGCCCCGCCCACACUGGACCUAUACCUGUACCGAAGCCACGCCCCCCACCACCGCCACCACCACCACCCAGCCCCGCCCCUGCUGCCUCGCGUGCUGACCCACACGGAACCACACCCGCGCUGACACCAGCACACUGGGAGGACUGGUUCCUACAGAACGACGUACAGGAACAAAAGAACUCAUUCAUGUUAAUGGAGAUAGAAUUCUUUACUUUAGAUUGGGUGUCAAACUCCUUUUAGUUCAUGGGCAAUAUACUCCAUCAUUUGAUCUCAAGUGGGCCAGACCAGUAAACCUCUCCAGCAUGAUCAGAAACUAUCUCUGCCACAGAGUUUCUUGUCAGCUUGAGGUUGGCAAAAGCAAGUUGCUUCUAAGGGUUCUAAGCGUUUUAAGGCCCAAUGUAGGAGAAAAAAAUAAUGUUACGGAUCCGGGAGAGAGGGGUAAUAUUCGGAGAAAAAAACCUCAGAAUUUCUAAGAUUAAAGUCGUAAAUUUACAGAAAAAGAAGUUGGAUAUUUUCUCAGAUUAAAGUGGUAAAUUUGGAAUUGGAAUUAAUUACUUCUCUGCAAUUUUCACACUUUGCAAAGUCAUCCGGUGGGCCUGAUUGGACCAUUGGCGGGCCGGUUCUGGCCCACGGGCCGUACGUUUGACACCCCUGGAUUAGGAGAAUAAAGUUAAGGAGACUUUUAUUAAACCUCGCUCACGGUUCUGCUUUUGUUUCACGGUUCUACACCGGCUGCAGGGAUGUGUUCCUGGAACUAAAUCUGGACUCAGUCAGGAGGCGAUGCUGAAUGGAGGUUAAGGUACUUUUAGGAGUCUGGGGCAGUGAGGUUGGUCGUGACUGGUCGAGCAGAUGUGACGUCACAUCACAACAAGGACGACUCCAACAAACAAAAGUAACCCCUUUUUCAUGUGUACGCAGCGCAGCAGGACAACCGGUCCUUUAAAAAGGACCAAGUGGAGGCAUUUGUUGGACAAACCAACAUGUUGAGGCUUCAGGGGAAGAUUUCCAACACAACAUUUUGUCCAUAUAGUUCUAUCAUUGAUAAUAACAACACCGUAUUCACAAAAAGAGCUGAGAAAGAAACAAACUGCCAACUGAAGAUUCUGGGUGUUUUGAAUGUCUAGUUGUUAUAUUUCAGUUUUUUUUUUUUAAAUUUCAAUAAAUAUGCAAGUAAUUCUUAA